CAGUUCAGAAUGAAUGUACUACUUACUUAUGCGAUGUAUAAAGAUCAAAAUUGGAAAGGUAUCGUGCUUAGAUUUCAACUAUUUUAAAUAUGAUGCGAAUGAAACGGUGAACGAGACACUCGAGAUUCCACUUACGUUUCUAACGCGAUCUAAUUCGACGAGAAACAAAUCAUUAUCAACGCAUAUUCAUUUAUAAAAGAGAUAGUGCUGUGGUUAUCAUGGCACAAUCAACAGCUAGUGGAACGUCUUCUCGACGAUACAUGAAGGAGCACGACGUUAACGUGCCGUCUUCGUCGCGAUACGUGGACAGCGAAUGGGAAACCAAAGAGGCUCUGCGGCAGAGAGAACUUGAAGAGGCACGAGCACGAGCUGCUCAAAUGGAAAAGACGAUGAGGUGGUGGUCAGAUUGCACCGCUAAUUGGCGCGAGAAGUGGAGCAAAGUACGUAACGAGAGGAACAUGGCAAGGGAGGAGGCUAAAAUGCUCAGAGCAAAGCUAGAAAUCGCUGUUAAGGAUGCAAACAGUUACAAGCAUGAUUGCCAGGAGCUGGAGUUACAGAAUGAGCAAUUAAAGAAAGAAAUGGAAAAGAUACAUAUGGUAUUGUUGAAACAUGCUGGACAGCUUGACCUGCAGAUGUUCCCAGUUUUAGAGUCAGAUCCACAGUUGAGAAACACGUUAGGAAGCCAUAAUAUAUUGCCAGAUAGAGAUAUCGAGGAGUAUGUGUUACAAGGUGCAGUGCCAAAGCAUGCCGUAGAGUUGUACAAAGAGAGUUCUAUUCAUUUAUUAGAUAAGGAUACGUCGAGAUUGACUGCCGAGAUCAGCUCUAUGGAAGAUGGCAUAGAAAAGUCUCAGUCUUCCUUGCAAGUGUCUACCGAUGAAUCUUACACGCAGAAAAUAUUAUUCCUUCAACAGAAACUGGAUGAGGCUACGAAAACAAUUUCUACAGAAAGAGAAGAAAAGAAUUCUUUGCAUCGCGGUAUGGAAAGAUUGAAGGCAGAAAUAAUUCAGCUGAGAAAACAGUGCCAGGAACUGGAAGAGAAUAAAUCUGAGACUACGAGAGAAUUGCUCGAGUUGAAAGAUCGAUUUCAAGUUGAACUUACCGAUGUGCAAGCUGGUAUAAUGGAUGAAGCUUCCAGUAGAGAAGGAAUGAAUAGGCGUCUGUGCGAGCUUCGAACUGAAUUAGAGAGACUUCAAGCAGAAAAUGCUGCCGAAUGGGGAAAGAGAGAACGUUUGGAGUCGGAAAAGAUUUCUUUGGAACGAGAGAACAAACAACUCCGCAACGAAUUGAACGAUUUACAAGAGAGGAUAGAAGCUCGACGACUGCGUCCCGUUUCUACAUCGGAUAGUGACAACAAACAAUUCCAACAGGAAUUUUUAGCCAGAAACGUGACAAUAUUGAAGAAGUCUUUGGAAGAGAAAACGACAGAGCUCUCGCACGCAAUGAGAAGAUCGGAGCAAUACGAGGCGGAAGUGAAAAGAGUAAGGACAAGAGUAGAAGAAUUGAAGAAAGAACUGUCCGCGGCUCAAGACGAAGUAGACGCUGCGACUAACAGCGUUCGUAAAUUGCAACGGGCGAACGAAGAUCUCUUAGAACAGUUAGAAUCAGCUAAUGUGCAAUUAGAACAUUUUCGAAAUAGUAACGAUUCCUACACGGGAGAAUCAGGAAUGGGAGAAAACGUUGGAGAAAAGUUAUGUACAGCAAGCGAUGACAAAUUAAAUGAAUUUGAGCAUCAGCAAGCCUAGUAUUCACUCAUCUUGAUAAGAGUUUUUAAAUUGAUUCGAGCACUGACGGAACCUGAGACUUGGAUCAGAGAAAGCAAUCUACUUUACAUCUUUUGAUGUGCACGCACCAGUUGACAUAGCGGAAUCCAGUAGGGGAAUGUAUACGUAAGAUUAAUUUAUUUAAAUAACUGAACUUGAAUCAUGAGAAACUACUGCCUAAUUCAGUAUUCCGUUGUUUCUUAAAUUACUGCAUUUUCAGGUUUGUACUGUAUAUAUAAUUUGCUAUUUUUUAUUAAUUUUUUUACAUAAUUAUGUAUAUAUGAUUUUGUACGAUGUUUUACACGGUCAGAGUUUUUCCUUUAAUUUAUAAAAACUCGCAUUCCAAUGUAUUGUAUAUACAUACACUCGGCCUCGAGGAUUUUGUAGGGACUGACUUCAACGUCCCUAGUAAUCAUGCACGUGUUACUGACUUUCUAAAAUAGUUAGUCAUUAACAUUUACAUAAUUGCUAGACAAAAUCUUAGAGGAAAAUGCAAUACUAUUCGAAGAUGCCUAGUAAUAGACGCGCGUGAAAUUGAUCAUCGCGGUACCGAAAAUUAUUUGUAAUUGUUAUUAAUAUUCGUGUAUUAUAAUUUAUUUAUUAUUCUUAAUUUAAUUAUUUAUUAUUUGCUUUAUAAGGAAUUAAAUCACAUUAGUUAAAACGAGAAUGUUCCUCAAAUUUCGAAUACGGCAAAUAAGUAGGGAUGCGCUCGCCUAAGCUGUUCCGGUUGCUAGUCAUUAACGCAUACAUAAUUACCAGGAAUUUGAAGUUGGUCCGUUAAAAAUUUUAGAAGAUUGUAUGUAUGUACAUAAAGAAUGUAUAUACGAAAUUUUUGCCUCACCUAAAGACUGGUGAAGUUAGAUAACGAGAGAUUACCUUUACCAUUUAUGAUACCUGAUAUUUAUACAUAAUUACAACUUCUGUGUGCUACCACAAAAUGUUUGUAAAGUUGUGAAUGUAUUUAUGUCUAUAUUAUGUAGAAAUGGAUGCAUUAACGUUAAGUAGGAGGGCUAUUUAAAUUUACAUUUGACUAAGAAGAAUUUACAAAUCUAUAUAUUUA